GUUUAGUUUGGUUAAAUAAAAACAUUGGGGAGGAAAAUUUCACCACCACCCAAAUUAUUUUUGUUAAUUUAGUUUUACGUAAAGUCUUCAGAGAUAAGUUGACAAUAAAUUAAUAUCAUCCUAAAAAAAGAGUAUUUGCCAUCGUGUGUUCUUAUUUUUAAAAAAUCCGAAGCAAUGUAUAGUUUAAGACUUGGACGACGGUCGAUAGUAAUUUUCGAUAAAAUCUUUAUUCCAUCUGUUGGUGGAGGUCGGUUGUACUCAUCUGUGAUGACACCAUUGUCAUCACUAAAAUCCCGAAUCGAAAAGGGUGAGCUGCUGGCAGAUGAGCAUCAAAAACGGGCUGCUGAAGCUCUCGAGAAUCUUUACAACCAGGUGCAAAGGUACAAACCAACUCCCAACACGAGUGACAGCAAAUUUCUAGAUUUCUUUUCAACUGACAAGUCCGAGGCUGAUGCUAAAAAUACACCCAAUGGCUUGUAUAUUUACGGAAGCGUUGGCGGCGGCAAAACAACCCUGAUGGAUAUGUUCUUCGAUUGUUGUACUACUGUGAAAAAGAAGAAACGAGUCCAUUUCAAUUCAUUCAUGAAUAACGUUCAUUCAAGAAUCCACGAAGUCAAGGAGAGUAUGCAAUUCGAUCGAGCCUUCAAUACCAAAAAACCAAUGUCAUUUGAUCCUACUCGGCCAGUGGCUGAUAUGAUAGUUGCAGAGUCUUGGUUGAUUUGUUUCGACGAAUUCCAGGUCACCGACAUUGCUGACGCUAUGAUUUUAAAACGUCUAUUCACUCAUCUUUUUGAUGAGGGGGUUAUUAUGGUGGCGACGAGUAAUCGUCAGCCUGAUGAUUUGUAUAAAAACGGACUCCAGCGGAGUAAUUUCUUGCCAUUUAUUGAUUUGUUGAAGAAGAAAUGUGACGUCAUACGACUGGACAGUGGCAUUGAUUAUAGGAGAUUGAGUCAAAAGGGUGAUGGACAUUAUUAUGUAAAAACUUCAACAGAUGCCAACGCACAGGUUGACACCGUUUUUAAGAUCCUGUGUAGCCAGGAGAAUGACAUUAUUCGCCCACGUACCAUCACUCAUUUUGGCCGUAAUUUGACUUUUGCCAAGACUUGUGGACAAGUUCUAGACAGCACCUUCAAUGAACUAUGUGAUAGGCCUCUAGCUGGAAGUGACUAUCUGCAGAUUGCACAAUUUUUCCACACAGUUCUGAUUAGAGACGUACCGCAGCUUCAUAUGCUCUUAAAGUCACAGACUAGACGAUUCAUCACGCUCAUUGACACCCUCUAUGAUAACAGAGUUCGUGUCGUUAUCUCAGCCGAUGUGCCCUUGGAUAACCUCUUCAACUUGCAACACAGCCCAAACCCUGAGGUGAUGGAUGAAAAUCGUGUAUUGAUGGAUGAUUUAAAGAUUGAACAUGGAUCGUCCGAUGCAAAAACGAGUGUGUUUACCGGCGAAGAGGAGAUUUUUGCAUUCGAUCGAACUAUAUCGAGAUUAUUUGAAAUGCAAACACAGGACUAUUGGUCACAAUGGGAGAAGCAUCGUUAGAUUUUAUUAUCAGUUAAUCGGUUUAUGUACUUAGCAUUGGUUACAGGGAACCAAUUUUGUAUUCAUUUUAAUUUUUUUCAUGCUGUGAUUAGCUCAAGAAAUACCUCUUUAAAGAACAGUUAUUUUUUUCAAUUUUAUUUGUAAAACUGUUUAAAUUUUAUUUUUCUAUUCUUGUUUGGAAUAAACAAUAGAAUAGUUCAAGAUAAACGCAGCUCAUACUUUA